AUGCUUGCAGACUGGCUGGCCGACGCCGCUGGGGCGCUGGGCAGCGUCCUUUGCGGCAGCGUCGUCAAGGCAUGGGAGGGAAAGCGGCGCGCAGCGUUGGCCGCAGCCUUCACCUCGUCGGGCGCUCUGUCCCCGGAUGCAGCAGCCUUUCGUCACGAGCUGCCGGCCGGGGGCGCCACCACGGGGGUCUUGGCCACGCCGCCGCUCCCUGCUCUCGCCGACGCUGCCAGCCUCGACGACACGCUGUUCAUGCCGCAGGCCGAGCUGCAGCCAAACGCACCCCGCCGCACUGUGUGGAGAGACGGCGCCUGCAUCCAUCCGGCUGACCACCUGCUGGCGCGGGCGGCCUGGGGCCUGCGCUGCGAUGGCACUGGCGAGUCCAACUUCGGCGGCCAUGUCGACGGGCUGCAGACCGCCUGGCGCGCCGAGGUCGCAGUUGUGGUGGCGGCCUCGCGCGCCGUCGGCGACCCCAUCGAUCUCGGUUGCGACAGCAAGUUAACGUCGUUCGCUCCAUGCGCUCAGGUCGCGGCCGGCGUGGACGCGCGGGAGGGGGAGCACGCCGACCUCUUGCGGCAGGCUGAGGGCCCGCGGGCUGAGCGAGCGGGAUCGCUUCGGCAUCGCAGCGGCCGACGGCGACGCUGGGGAAGCCGCCGCGCAGCGGGCUCCGCCACCCGCAGCGCUGUGAUAACGCGCCGCCGGGAGCUCGAGCACCUGGAGGCCGCGCAGCGCGUGCUCGCAGCCACGCAGCAGGGCUGCCCUGGCGGCGUCGCCGCCCGCCGCCCGCCGGCGGCCGCGAAAUUGGCGCAUCGUGCGCCGCGGGGCGCUGGCUCGCGCGGUCUCCGCGCCGCCGGGCGCCGCCCCUGCUUGGCGCGCGCCGCUGCCGGCGCCGCGGCCGCGGCGCUGCGGCGGCCCCGGACUGACCCGGGCGUCGCCGGGCGCCCGCGGCUGCGUGUCGCGACAGGGGGCCAUGCCCGCGGGCAGCGCCCUCGCCCCGCCAUGGGCUGCGGGCCCUCGUCGCGUGCCCCCGGGCUCGGCCGCCGGGCCACGCGCGUGAGGGACCUGGCCCGGGACGGCAGGUUCUCGGAGGUCGUUGCCCAGCGCAGCGACGAUAGCAUCCACAUCCGGCUCGAUCAAUAUGACCUCGAGACGGACUGCGUCUCGUCAGUCUCGGCCGUGACCAGCCUUCGCUCGAGGUUCUAUGCCAGCAGAAGCUCAACUGCAGCGAUUGACGAAGGGUCAGUGGUGGCAGCCUUGGACGAAUCCAUCGCCAACAUGUCUGACCUGCAGGACAUCGACGAGUCCUCCGUCACGCAGCCGGACUCCUCCCAGACGCUGGCCCCAGCCUCGCCGUGCCCAGACGCGAGGUUCCCCGGCAGGACAGCGGCGCCCGCGACCUUCAUCGAUUCCAGGGAGCACCCGCUUGCGCCCGUUCUGCACCACGGCUUUUCCUUUAAGAGCACAAGCCGCACCUCGUGCCCGAGUCCGCGGAGUGGAGAUCCGGGCACGAGUUGCUAUGAUCCGUCCGUCAGAGACGACGUGUCCUGCACCGCGUCGGCCCUGUCGGUGUCGACGGCGCCUCCCGAACGCCGUCCCCCGCGCUUCUGCCAUCGAUCCGACGACGUGCUGCGCCGCCCGAAGGAGAGCGACCAUCGGACUCGCACGGCUGGAAGCAAGAAGUCGCUGUGA